AUGACGACCGAGCUUGAUGCGAUGCUCCGCCAACAGGGCGCAGUUCAAACGAGUUGCGCAUUCCGGAUCUCAUUAGAGCACCUUCACAAUGAGCGGAUCACAAAGGAAAAGUGGCGAUUGCUACUCCCUACCGUGGAAGUCCAGCAGUUUCAUAAAGCCUUGCACAUCUUCUUCACCAUAGCCCAAAUGGCGGAGCACAGUCACCAGCGUCUACACGAUAUCGGCAACCCAAGUCUACGGAUACUCAACCUCGGAAGAAUACCAACCAUGCGGCCGAACGGGCGUCAGAGGAGCCCGCUGAUCUGCCUAACCAAGUGUGGUCUCGUGAAUGGCUCGUUUGCCACAAUUCGAGAUAUCUAUCCUUUUACCACAGCCCACCGCGCCAAGCACUCCCAGUAG